GGGUCAGAAAAUCGACUGUUCACUGCUAGCAUCACAGGUCUUCAUAUCUCUUAAUCCCAUAAAAUGCUAAAAGGCAACUAGCCCUGAAAAUUUGCCAGAAAAUUAAAGGUUUGCAGCAAAAGCAGAUAAUAGCCUAGCCUACGUGUAACCGCAUCCUCCCCCCGACAAAUAAAGAACAGACGGGGGAGGGUGCGGCUACACGUAGGCUAAGAAUAGCCGCUCAAGGAAAGUAACCACUAGGAUAAGGGGGGAAACCGAGGACGCUCGUCGGAACAUUAGAAUUAAACCCCUAAAGGAGACCAAUUUGAGCACGGCUCAGAUUUUAUUUGACCCUUUAGGGAGACGAAUUGGGUCUUAGUACUUCAACACAGUAUGACGGCAUUUGUUACUUAUAUUUAGGAAUUUCUUUGCGCACAACCCAACCCAACCCAACUCAAUUUUUAUGGGUAAAAAUCUCUAGCUUCCGUCCGGAACUCCUUAUUAAAGUUACCCUGCUAGCAGGGGCUACAUUUUCGCUGUGUGAGCUGGCGUGUGAAAAGUAGCUUUUGCGUACAACAGCUCACACAGCGAAAAUGUAGCCUCUGUAUGCAGGGUAUAUUAAAGUGCGUCCAAAAGAUGCAAUUUCUACCACCAGCUCAACGACGACUAUCGCCGUCAUUUUCAUGUAAGAGUCCCCACCGCAGGAGUAACCACUAAAUAGUUCGACCAAUGUAUUUUUAAGUUUUUUCUUUUUUAUAUGAAAGUGCUGGUAUAACCAGUCUAAAACCUUUGGAAAACAAUGCCAUAUUUAUGGUAAGUGCGAUGUUUUCUUUCACAUCAAUCCUAGGCAACGUGUUAGCUCCAGUCACUUUCUGAUUAGGGGCUGAUGUUCAAAAAGUCAUCAUCAUCGUUAUCAUCAUCCGCUUAUCAUCAUCAUCAACGUCAUCAUUGUCGUCAUCGUCAUCAUUAUCAUCAUCAACGUCAUCACUGUCGUCAUCAUCAUCCUGAUCGCCUCAUUAUCCUCAUCAUCCUCCUCUCAACGUCACCAUCGUCAUCAUCACUAUCAUCAUCAUCGGCUGUAAUGCCGACAGCUCCAAAACGUUAUCUUAUUUGAAGGCGAGUCAGUUCGCUUAACCAACGCACCGUCGUAGCACCUGAUUGAAUUUUUUAGAAGCUAACCCAUUUCAUAUCCCUAACACCAACGUUUUCUUAAACCUUAUUUUCAGGUCGCUAUGCUGUCUCAUGUAGCAACAAGUUACCUUAAUGCUGGAUUUGAAACAGGGCGUUAUGGUACUGCACAUCAUAGCAUUGUACCAUAUCAGGUAAGAACGUAGGUACGUUUUACGUGCAAACAGUAGCCUUGGUAUCUCAAUUAAUUACCAAGUAAUCAACAGUAAAGAUGUUGUGUAACACUUUGUGUUGAAUUUAACAACGUUUGUACCAAAAAAAAAUUGACCAGCGUUUAUCUCAAUUUUAGACAAACUGUAACGCAAAUAGCAAUAGCAAAUGCUGUCUUAUAGUGCGGCCAUUAAUUAGUGAUGGGUAACCCCAGUGCGAAUCCUUCACUUCUCCAUCUCUCGCUUCGUUGGCCACUUAACUCUGAUCCCAAGAGAGAGUUCGAAUAUACUUUGCUUUGUCUUCGUAGGCUUUUAAAACGAAUGAUGGACACUUCUUAGUUGGUGCUGGCAAUGAUGGUUUCUUUAGAAGACUUUGUGACGUAAGUUGUGUGUUUUUUGUUUGUUUUUCGUGGCAGGAUCACCAAGACUUAGUACCUUUACUGAAAUAUUUAGCAGAAGUUGAGUAGUUAAGGCAUAGAGGGCUGGUUUUGUUACACAUACAGUAUGGUUAAACAGUACAUUUGUUUAAGAUCUUUAAGGACGGAUAGAAAAUAAUUGGAGUUAAACUUGAUCAUUUGGGCAACGUUUUCAAAGUUUAAGUAUGUUGUUGUCAACAACGAUUUUGUUAUUCAUAAGGAGGUCAUGAUGACAUCGACACGUCGGUUUUCUUGCUAUUUUGUAUUUGAUUUGUUUUGUUACUAUGUUCACUCGUUAUUUAGGAAAGAAUCGCUCAGAAAUCAGUGAUUGUCACCCAAUUGAACCACAACAUAUAUACAGGCUCUCUGUUUAAAACCACUUAAAUCCGGUUGUGAUUUGGUUGCUGUUUUAGUUAUUAGAUUUAGGCAAUCUGGCAGAUGACCCGCGGUACAGUACAAACGCUGCAAGGGUAGAAAAUCGAAAGGAGCUACUGUUAAUUUUAGAGGAAUGGUGAGUUGCUUAAAGAUGUUUACUUUUGGGGCAAACCAUUUUAUAUACACCCCCUCCGCCCCCUGCAUUAACGAAGUACUUUGAAAUUUUCCUGGCUCCAAGAAAGAUGCUCAUUUUCCCUAAAGCACUCAGAAAAACUGCACUGAUAAACCUUUUUACCCUCGAAAAUGUCUCUGAGGUGUCUUAUAGGCUGAGACAUUUUUGAUUUUCUGUUUCUUCCCGUUAGAACGACUGGUCUUGGUACCAGCGAAAUUCCAUUUUUUUUAAUACCCCUUCAGAAAAUUUCGUCAACAGUUUCGGGGGCUGUAUAUUAAAUGGAUUAGUCCUUUGUCAACGAUCAAAGGGAGACUUUAGGUGACGAUACUUGUUAAUCCUUUCCUUAAAAAAAAAAACUUCUUGUGAGAGCCUUUCGCUGGUACCCAGAAAAUCUUUUAAGAAGAGCGAAAUUGAAUUUAUAUAUCAAAUAUAAUCUGCCUUAAAUAGUUUAUGUUCGCAAACCGCAGUUACUAGAAGGCGUCGUAAUAUUUGUCAUUUCUCCAAUGCAGUUUUGAAAAAAGAUCCACAAAGGACUGGGCCGAGGCAUUUGAGGGAUCUGGGAUACCUUGUGGACCUAUUAAUAGCAUAAAACAGGUGUUUGAGGACCCACAGGUAAGUUUUGUUGUGGAAUAGAGACCUUUACUGCGCUUUUCAUAAACACGCGAACUUUGAAGUUCAAAAACCAACUGACAUUUGCAUUUUUCGCUGCCGUCAAUGAUCUUAACGGACCUCUUAGGAAACAGAGCUUUGCUUAAACGGGUUCAAAAGGUCAAGGUUUGUGAUCUGUGAUUGGUGGAUUUCAAUCCGUGUUGUGUGUUUCUGUGUUUCAAGGUUCAUUGCUUGUGAUCGUAAUUAUGAUUGUUAAUUAUGAGUGAAGGCGGCUUUUGAAUUUUAGAGUUCGCGUGUUUUUGAAAAGCGCAGUAAGUAUUGCGCGCGCGUGAACCAGCGUCAUUUUGGCGGGAAAACGUGAUAGCCGUCGUCACUGUAGUACGGCUUUUAGCGAGAAUGCCCGCAGUGGCCUAAAGAAGUUAUUAAAAUAGAAGUUUUAUAAAUUUGCAGUCGGGAGAGGGCUUAACAAAUAAUCUCCUUUAAUAAAAAGAACCGUGCUAAUUAUUCUGGUGAAAAAGAGUGAAAUGAAGCUUUACGAGGUGUAUAUUUUUUGAGAAUACGCAAAAAAAAAAAAUGAAGCCAAAUCCAGUCCGCGUAGUCGUUCCCUUCUUCGAAUCUAAAAGUCUGUAAUGAACGCCCUUGGAACGUUUUACAGGUGAAGUACAAAGGAAUGGUUCAGGAGUUGGAUCACCCGACGGCUGGCAGAAUAAGAGUACCAGGUAGGAUGUAUCGUCUCAAGAUAAUGAUGUCCGCUGGGACGUUAGUCACUGGUAACUAGUCUAAAGUCGCGCCGCUGUUUUCCAAUAACGUGGUUUCGUUAUUACCAAGUUACCGCUCCGGGGCUCUCCUCACCAAAAAAGCGCGAGGGAGAGGAUGAAAACUGGAAAACUUAUUUUGCGAACGCAGAAUACUAGAAAAAAAGAAAAACUUGGAUGUUUUGUAGUACUAAUAAUACUUACAAUAAAUGAAAUUUUGUUGUUUAACAGGACAGUGUUAUUUAAGCCGGCUAUAGGCUUAAUAUCGUUUCUUAUAAAAAGAAAUUAUUAAACCCCUUUCAAGGCCAUAGUUAUUACAUUAAGGUUAGCCUGCGAGCAGGCACACUUAUCCUAAACGCUUACGGCCGCCGAUUUUUUCCCGAAAUUACACUAGAGGGUCUGCUCGCAGGAUACUUAACGGCCGUCGAGAAGAUAGUCUGUUAUUCUUGAGACUUUUUCGUUGCCUUUUUGUCUUUUUAUAGGGCCUGCUGUCGAGUAUAACGGACAAACCUGCCAAGGCGUCCCCUCUCCACCCCCCAUCUUAGGUGAACACACCACUGAAGUAUUAACUCAUCUUCUAGAUUACGAUGACGCGGAGAUUUUGAAACUUGAGAACGAUGGAGUUGUCUACUGUUACUAUGAAAAUCCAUUUGAGUGAACUA